CCAUUUUACGCGUUGACGGAGGACGACCAAGCUGCGCUCGUCGUCGUUGCCUCGCUGAUCUUUCUCAUCUACGCCAUCAUUGGAAUAUCACUGAAGCUUAUCAUUCGUCUUAACAUCACUUCAUUGAAGAGUCACGAUGUGGUAUUACUAUUCGCAACCGCAUCGCUCCUCUCGCAGACGAUUUGCAUCAUCGUCGCUUGCAAGUUUGGGCUCGGACGUCAUCAGGAUACGGUAGACUUUUACGACCUCGGCAUAUUCCACAAGAUCUUCUAUAUCUCAACCCUACUAGCAAUUGCUACCGCAGCGAGCAUCAAAAUUUCGCUAUGCCUCCUUAUCCACUCCAUCAACAACCACGGCCGACUCAAUCUUGCGAACAAGAUACUCUUUGGCAUCAUCGUUGCAUGGGCCAUAUCCGGAAUGCUAAUGGCGUCAUUGCAAUGCUCUCCUCCGCAGCCGUGGCUUGCUACCACUAUCGAGAAGUGCCCAGGUCGAGAAGGGAUUUUCCUCUACAACGGCGUUAUGGACAUCGCUACAGAUGUUUGUCUAUGUCUGCUCCCCGUAGCCAUGAUGUGGAAAGUGCAGACUACUUUGAAGAGAAAGAUGAUGGUGGUUGCUCUUUUCACCACCCGCAUCAUCAUACCAAUCAUCACGAUUCCGAGACUGGUUUACACACAUACCUUGGUGACAGACUACACUGACGCGACAUGGCAUGCGGUCCAUCAUGCCAUUUGGUUACAAGUCUCACUAGGCAUGUCAAUCCUCACAGCGUGUAUCCCGAGUCUGAAGGGAGUCAUCGACAGUCUCCUUGGUUCCACCUCCGUGGCCGCGAUUCAGGCACCAUACAAUUUGGCCUCAUCAGGGAAG